UGUCCUCAGGAACAGUCCCACAAGUCGUACCGGCCGCUGACUGUGCUCACGUUCCGAUGGAACUACGCGGUGCACGGCCUCCAACCGGCCGGGUACCACCUGGUCAACUUGCUGCUACACGCGCUUGUAUCACUCUUGUACUACAGGGUCUGCGCUAUGUUCCUGCCAGAGUUCGCAAGUUUCGUCGCCGCCAUCUUGUUUGCCGUGCACCCUAUACAUACGGAGGCUGUAACCGGUGUAGUGGGCAGGGCCGAGAUGCUUUCGUCACUGUUCUUCCUUGGUGCUUUGCUGUGCUAUGCGCGUGCUGCUAGCAGAAGACGAUAUACAGACUGGCGGUACGUAGCGGCGUGCACAGCAUGCGUUGGCGUCGCGAUGCUGUGCAAGGAGCAAGGCAUCACCGUCACUGGCGUUUGCGUCGUCUACGAGCUCUUCGUGGCUCAAAAGCGCCGAAGUUCAGGUGGCGGCAGCCGUUGGUCCUGGCUAGAGGCAUGGGGCAAAGGCUCCGGUUGGGGCUGCGCGUGCGGCGAGGCGGCGCGCCGUGUUGCCACUGUCUGCUGCGCGACACUAGCGCUCCUGGCGGCGAGAUUACACGUCAUGGGUGCUCAACUGCCCGUGUUUACCAGAUUUGACAACCCUGCUGGCGCUGCUCCACCACCAGCGAGGCAUUUAACCUUCGCCUAUCUCCCUGCUCUCAACGCCUGGUUGCUGACAUUGCCCGAGGCCCUAUGCUGCGACUGGACGAUGGGAACAGUGGCUUUGGUCCGCUCGUGGAGAGACCCGAGGAACCUUGCCACCCUUGCGUUGGCUACAAGCCUCAUCGCUGCAGCAGUACAUGCGCUGAGGACCAGGUCGUCUGCUCUUUCUAUGGGCCUAGCAUUAUUGGUGCUACCAUUCUUGCCAGCCUCGAACCUAUUCUUCCCUGUCGGCUUCGUAGUGGCUGAAAGAGUUCUCUACAUGCCUUCCAUGGGCUGGUGUCUGCUAGUGGCCCAUGGAUGGCGACUCCUCGCCAAGAAACGGGCCAAGCUCGCCGCUGCAGCCCUUAUUUUCCUCUUACUGGCGUUCAGCGCGAAGACCUACGUCAGAAACUGGGAUUGGAAGACUGAAUACUCCAUUUUUGCUUCGGGACUGAAGGUGAACCGCAACAACGCAAAGCUAUACAACAACGUAGGCCACGCCUUAGAGGCCGAAGGUAGCUACGCUGAAGCGCUAGAAUUCUUCAAUACAGCAGUCAGCGUGCAACCAGAUGACGUCGGCGCUCACAUCAACGUCGGCAGAACGUACAAUCACCUGGGAAGAUACCAGGAGGCCGAGGAUGCUUACGUCAAAGCCAAGUCGCUACUGCCAAAAGCAAAGCCCGGAGAGUCCUACCAAGCGAGGAUAGCUCCCAACCAUCUAAACGUUUUCCUGAACCUAGCCAAUUUAAUCUCCAAGAAUGCGACGAGACUGGAAGAAGCAGACAUGCUGUACCGGCAAGCGAUCAGCAUGCGAGCUGAUUAUACACAAGCCUACAUUAAUAGAGGAGAUAUUCUCAUCAAAUUGAAUAGGACUAAGGAAGCUCAGGAAGUGUAUGAAAGAGCUCUCCUUUAUGAUAGUGGAAAUCCGGACAUUUAUUACAACCUUGGCGUAGUCCUCCUCGAGCAAGGUAAAGCAUCGCAAGCGCUAGCCUACCUGGACAAAGCGCUGGAAUUGGAACCCGAGCAUGAACAAGCGCUGUUAAACUCCGCCAUACUGCUUCAAGAGCUGGGCGCUGCUGACCUGAGGCAUUUGGCCCGCCAGCGGCUGCUGAAACUCCUGGAUAAAGACGCUACAAACGAGCGCGUGCACUUCAACCUUGGCAUGGUGUGCAUGGACGAAGGCGACGCGGAAUGCGCUGAGCGCUGGUUCCGCGCAGCAGUGCACCUCAAGCCUGACUUCCGAUCCGCGCUCUUCAACCUUGCUUUACUACUAGCUGACAGACGGAGGCCGCUGGAAGCAGCUCCGUUCCUUAAACAGCUGGUGCGACAUCACCCCGACCACGUGAAGGCGUUGGUGCUCUUGGGAGAUAUCUACAUCAACUCCGUCAAGGAUUUGGACGCAGCUGAGAGCUGCUACCGCCGCAUCUUAGAACUGGAGCCAGAGAACGUGCAAGCGCUCCACAACCUUUGCGUGGUAGCGGUCGAACGCGGCAAGCUGGCCGUAGCCGAGGAGUGCCUGACCAGAGCGGCUGCUUUAGCGCCCCAUGAGCACUACAUACAGCGCCACCUAGCGGUCGUUAGAGCGAGACGCAACCCCCCCUCCAACCCCCCGCCCACCCCUGCUAGUGAAGUGCGAGCGAGAUGGAACUACAUCCCGCAACAACCCCCCGACCCCCACGAGGCGGAGGGGUCAUAGCGAACACGCGCGAUGUAAAUAGACUUAGAUCGGUGGCUGCGCGGGUGCGGUCUUCAAAUGUUUUAUCUUGGAGCACUAUUAGGUACAUAGUUCUGUAAACGAUUUUCAACAUUUUGGUUAGUAAUUUUAUAGUUUACAAAUCAAAAAUUCAAAAUCAAUAUUUUUUACAAAAGUUAUCUAUCAGAUAGAAGCAAAGUAAUCAAAA